AUGGCCCCGCACGCGGGACAGCCGGGGGCUUGGGGACCGCUGCUGCCGGGGCUGCUGCUCCUGGCGGCGGCGCUGAGCCGGCCCGCCGCGCCCUGUCCUUUCCAAUGCUACUGUUUUGCCGGCCCCAAGCUGCUACUGCGCUGUGCGUCGGGCGCCGAGCUCCGGCAGCCGCCGCGGGACGUGCCGCCCGACGCGCGCAACCUCACCAUCGUGGGCGCCAACCUAACGGUGCUGCGCGCUGCCGCCUUCGCCGGCGGGGACGCGGAUGGGGAGGAGAAGGAGGCGGGCGUGCGCCUGCCGCUACUGACCGCGCUACGCCUCACGCAAAACAACAUCGAGGUGGUGGAGGACGGCGCCUUCGACGGGCUGCCCAGCCUAGCGGCGCUGGACCUGAGUCAGAACCCACUGCGCGCCCUGGGCGGUGCCGCCUUCCGCGGGUUGCCCGCGCUGCGCUCGCUGCAGCUCAACCAAGCGCUGGCGCAGGGCGGCCCCGCGCUGCUGGAGAAGCUGGACGCCGCGCUCGCUCCGCUGGCGGACCUGCGCCUCCUAGGCCUUGCGGGCAACGCACUGAGCCGCCUGCCGCCCGCCGCGCUGCACCUGCCGCGCCUCGAGCAGCUGGACGCGCGCCGCAACGCGCUUGCUGGCUUGGGCACCGACGAGCUUCGCGCGCUGGAGCGAGAUGGCGACCUCCCCGGGCCGCGCCUCUUGCUCGCUGAUAACCCUCUGCGCUGCGGCUGCACUGCGCGCCCCCUGCUGGCCUGGAUGCGCAACGCCACGGAGCGCGUACCCGACGCCCGGCGCCUACGCUGCGCCGCCCCGCGGCCGCUACACAACCGGUCUUUCCUGGACUUGGAUGAGGCGUGGCUGCGCUGCGCCGACGGCGACGCCGACGGUCGCGGGGAAGAAGUGGACCUCGCCGGCCCGGAGCUAGAAGCCUCCUACGUGUUUUUCGGGCUAGUACUUGCGCUCAUCGGCCUCAUCUUCCUUAUGGUGCUCUACCUAAACCGCCGCGGCAUCCAGCGCUGGAUGCGCAACUUGCGCGAGGCCUGCCGGGACCAGAUGGAGGGCUACCACUACCGCUACGAGCAGGACGCAGACCCGCGCCGCGCGCCCGCCCCAGCAGCCCCCGCCGGCUCCCGCGCCACCUCCCCGGGCUCAGGCCUCUGA